AUGUCGACUCCCAACCAACAACAAACGCCCGACCAAUCGGCGUCAAACCAGCAGAACCAACAGCCUACCAAUGAAGUUACUCAAAACCAAGCACAGGGCCAAGGCCAAGCUCCAGCUGCUCCUGCACCCACACCUACAGAGCAGCAGAAUGUGACUCAGGCCGCUGAAGCCCAGCCUACAAUUGCCCCGGCUCCUGCUGAGACUCAGCCUUCUCUUGCUACAAAUCCUGCUGCUUUUGCUGGUGCUCCUGCUGCCCCUGUUGCUCCUGCCGCUCCUGUUGCUCCUGUUGCUCCUGUUGCUCCUGUUGCUCCUGUUGCUCCUGUUGCUCCUGUUGCUCCUGUUGCUCCUGUUGCUCCUGCCGCUCCUGCUCCUACCGAGGCUCAAGCUCCCACUGCUGUUCCUCUCCCGGCUACCCCGGUUCCAUCGGUGCCAGCCGCCCCUGGUCAACAAACCUUCCGCGUUUUCGUCAAGACACUCACCGGACGAACUAUCGACUUACAAGUUCCGUACACUAACGAGGACGAGUUGACAGUGCAGAGGAUCAAGGAGACUCUGGAGGCGAAGGAGAGUAUCCCUGUUAACCAACAGACUUUGAUCUUUGGUGGUAAGACCCUGCAAAACGACAGCUCGCUUCGUGAAUAUGGUAUCACUGAGGGCAAAACGCUUCAUAUGGUAAACGGUCUCCCAGCUUUCUCUGGUUACACGAAGUGGAAAAAGAAAUGA